CUUGUGGUAGAGAUACGAACUACUGAAGAGCAAGCUUAAGUGAUCGGUAAACAAACGUAAUUCGUUUUUCAAAUAUUAAAAGAGCUUCUUGACUUACACCGAACCAGCAGGGAUAUAUCUAUUACGUGCAAAAUCUAAAAUCAAUAGAGCUAAUUGAACCUUAUUAAACCGUUUUGUUUAUGUUCAAUGAAAAGUGAAGUAUUACAAGUGAAUAUAACCGCCAUGAAGACUUUACUUUUAUUUUUGUGAUAAUAGACUUGUGGUACUGUUUUUUAUGCAGUGGUCAUCAAACUGUAUUAAAGUUGCUGUAGAAGAAGUCAGGAAUUAGUGUUUUCACAACGUUUCAGUGCGGCGGAUUAGGAUUGAAUAAAUUUACAUAAUCCUGCAUGAUGGAUCGAAGUAAAUCCGCCGGCUCGUCAGCCCCGUCUAAAGUGACAAAUGAAGAACUUCGAUCUGCGUGCAAGCUCAUCGCACCAUAUAUUGCACAUGAAUGGCGCGGCGUCUGCGAGGAACUCGGUGUAGCAGAUGACGUUCUGGACGAGAUCGAGGCCGAUCAUGAGAAGGUUCCGAUGUCUGAGCUGGCGUUCCGUGCACUCUGUAAGUGGCAAGACAUGAUGGGACGCGCUGCAAGCAAGGAGACGUUACAUAGAACUAUCAAGCUGUUUGGACUCAGGCGCGCCGAUGACCAACUACGGUCAUUGUCACAGAAAAGAAAUGUACCUUACAUGGGUCGUCCAGUUACAGCGGCCGUUACUCAGGACAUUCCGGCCAAUAAACAAGCGAAACAGAAAGCGCUUGCUGACCGUCUGUCUAGGCCGAAAUCUACGCGGACCUCUGACCAAGAGUCUGGCAAGCAGAAGAAGAAAGUCGCACCACAGCUACAGCCGGGUGUUAAUCCCCUCGCUGUUCAAGUGACACCAUCGAAACCAACAGACAUAUGUGAAGUUAAAUUAAAGGUUACUGUAAAAGGUGUCCAGCGGAUUGACAAAGACGUGAUAGAGAAAACACAUGACGACUUCAAAUCUACAAAAGAUGAUUUCAAAAAUCUGUGUUUCUGUUUCGUUAAAUUGGUAAUGGCAAAUAGAAGGGCCCAUUUUCACGAGUUAAAGGAACUUCUAGGAUUUAACGGUAUAUCUGUACAGAGGCUGAGCCAGAUCGGGUUCAAUAUCAAUGUUUUCCUUCUGUGUUCCUCACUGGGUGCGUUUGAGAUUUUGUAUCAAAACUACACAACUGGACGAUUGAAAAAGAUAGUUCAUAACGCAUUAGUGACACGUGAUCAUCUUCUUAAACUGAAAGCACGACAGCUCGAACUUUCCGUUGAAAUAGAGGAGGGGAUGGUCAAUAAGUACAGAGAUAUUUUGAUAGUCCGCGGACCAGCGGAAGAAGAUGUUUUACAUCCGGUUGAUGUACUGGACUACUUCCAGUGUGACGAUGAUGAGGAAUGUUCUCUUAACAAAGAUCUCAAUAUAGACGAAAUACGCAAUUUCCGUUUGAAAACAUGGCACCAACUCCUACACAGCCAGAUAGAAAAAGCAGACAGAAGAUAUCAGCAAUUUGACGAUUCUAUGAAAGAUUUACUUUUGAUACUACGCAUCGCCAGACGAGAGGACAAACAGGAAAUGACGUGUCUACAGGAUGUGAUCAACUGCUACCAUCACUUAAAAUACAGCAAGAGCGUCGCAGCACAAGGGUCGCGCAGUGAUAUUGUUUAUGAAUAUAUUGCUAUUGUUAAUUUCAUCCGUAUAACUGUACAGGAAAUCAGCGAUAAGUCUCUUCUUGUUUCAUUUGAUGAGACGCUACACCCAGACGCUUGUGAAGCAUUCCAUCGUCUGCUAGCGCAGAUAGAGGAAAUGUUACAACCUGAAUAUAUUUUUGAGAGCGACGACAGUGUAACAAACUCACAUGUGAUGACAGGUUUGGAGAAGGAAAUGUUCGGUAAAUUUCUGUGUUACUUGCCAAAACUGUUGCGAUUGCUAUAUAAUUUAUGUGAUACACUCACUGCUACUGAAAAUGCAGAAAGUGUAAAGGAAGGUGAGAGUGAUGAAAAUAAUUCCGAAUCUACAGAUCACAAUGAUUCUGGUAUAGCUCUAUCAAGAGAAGAGAAUAACAAUACUUCAAAAGUCCACGAUAAAUAUAGUGAAGUACCAACAAUUGAAAAUUUACCGGAACAGUCAUCCGCAGAAAAGUGUGAACAACUUAGCAAUGCAUCAGUCGUGAAUUACGUAGGAAUAUGGACACAAGCGUAGAGUUAUCUCUCAUCAUAAACCAUGGGGACAUAUUUUCCAAAAUGCAAUUAUUUCCCUUCUACCGUUUAUCCGGACCAAAAGUAGACUAGCAUUUUCACAUUGCUGUACAAAACUAAGCAGAUUGUAGGGACAAAUAUAAUUAUUUAGGGAGUUUGAAUGUCUUAAAAAAGCUACUGAUACCUUACCAAACAUCUACUUUCAACAUAUAUAGCUCUUUCUACUUUUUACAUCCAGGUAAAUUGCAUACACUUUGUUUUAGUUUAUAUGUGUGAUACUUUUACAAGAUUCGAUCUUCAGGUAUGCAUCAGUCAUAGAAAACACAAAGGAAUUUCGUAGCUUCCUCAGGCUUGUACUGACUGCUGAUAGUAAUUUUACUUUGAAAAGAAGGUGGAGUUGUGGAAAUCUAAAGAACGCUUGGAGGUAUUUGCUCUACAACAGGUACUUGUGGUAACAUCACAUUCCGUUCUUUCCCUGUCUUACAUUUACAAACUAUAUUUUGGCAUGUAAGCAAAAAAAAAAGCUGCCGCUUGUAUCGGUGGUAAAAUUCAACAGCCAUAGUGAAACAAUUGGGCAACACUACAGCAUCUGUAUAAACAGAGACAAGGAUGAUAACUCAAACUACUGUAUAUUACCUUAGUAAAAUGUUUUAUUAAGAAUAAAAAAUAAAAUACAAAUGAUAAACAUUUACAACCAUAAAGCGCUUACAUGUAUUAUACUGAUACAGAGGUUGCAGAUAGUGAACGCAGGGUAAUGAUAAAGUUCUAUGUAAUAAAUUACAUACAUGUCUAAUAUACAUAUGAGUUACCGGUAAAAUCUCAAUUAAAAUUCCUAAAUCAUGUAUACGCGUAAAAAAUGUAUUGCAGUUAUGCACAAUAUAUUUAUUUUCAUAAAGUUA